CCCCUCCUACCCUCUUGUUUUCGUUUCGUUGCACCACGAGAGCGUGAGAGAUUCUGAGACGGCACUGAGAGAACGAGAGAGAGACUGAGGCAUAGAGGUGCGGUGGUGGCCAUCGUCGGCGGUGAAUCACCUGAUUCGGCGAGCCCUGUGCCAGUUGGGUCCCGGUGUUUUCUCUGUUUCCAAACAAGGUGAUCAGAACUGUUGCGCCAAUGUGUUCGACAAAAUUCCUGAGAAUAGAAAAACAAAACAAAACAAUGAGAAAGCGAGGAGGGAUUAAGAAAGCAUCAAUACCUGGGUUUCAGAAUUCAAUCUCACUGAGAGAAGAAUCCAUCGGGAAAAAACAAACCAAAGGCGGGUCCAACAAUUCCAAGUCUAUGCUAAAAGUUGAGCACUUGCAGAAGCUAGCGGCUUGGGCCAGUGGGGAGGCUGCUAUUCCUUCUUUGGCUGCCACUUUUGGGCACCGUUUGGCUACUGUAACGGAGGCCAUGGGGGUACCACCUGACCCUUCUCUGUUUUCAUGCGAAAGAUGUGAAACAAUUCUUCAGCCUGGCUUCAACUGUACUGUUCGAAUUGAAAAGAAUAGGGCAAAGGCAAGGCGUAAAAGGAAGAAAACUAAUAAUUUCACCCAGAACAAUAUGGUAUACAAAUGCCACUUCUGUUCACAUUGGAAUCUGAAGAGAGGGACCCCGAAAGGACAUAUGAAAGAGAUAUGUCCCUCAAAGGCCAAAACAUCUUCAAAAUCAGAAACUGCAAAACCGAUGCUUCAGAAAUGUGCUAGCUUGGAGAAGAGCUCCAGAAGCAAAGAUGAUAUCAGUAAAACAGAUGAGAUAGCUUCACCAACUUUUGCUGGGGAGAUUCCUACAACAGAUAGUCCUGCAACUCCAUUGGUGAGAAGUGGCACUAUUUUGCUGGAUGCAAAGAGGAGAAAGAGAAACCGAUCAAUAUCCAAGAAACCAGCUGGAACUGAAAGCAAUUCUACCCCAACAGAUGUGGAAAAAGCUGCGAGCACGUCAAAUAAACGAAGAAAAAAAUCUUGGACUAGUUUGAGAGAAAUUGCUGACAGUGCCGACCAUGAUAGCAGCCCGAAGAUCACUAAUUUGACAAUCCCAUUUUGUUUAGCAGGGACUUUAUAGAUUUCAGUGUUCGUGUUUU